AUGUCCAGAAACGAAGCUUUAAAGAACUGGUAUGUAGAAGAAUUUGAAAAGUUGAUCAACGACGGCUAUAUGACAGAGGUUACAGCUGAGGAGGAUGUGCAGUGGAAAUCGAAUGGUGGCAAAGUUACUACAUCUGUCAUUUCGCACACUUUAAUGAGCAUAGUUCCUCAACCCCACUCAGAAUCAUAUUUGAUGCAAGUGUUCCAUUUAAAGGAAAAAGAAGUAAAGACGCUGCGAUUACUACGAAACUCCUGGGGAACUACUCCGGCAGGUGGUAUAUGCAGUGUAGCAAUGCUCAUCAUAGCUGAGAAAUUCAAGGACAAGUACCCACAGGUAUACGAAUUCGUAAAAUCGAACUUGUAUGUUGAUGAUGGUACUACAAGUGUUGAUGAUGUUUCCACGGCAUUACAACUUGCUAAGGAACUCAACAUUGUCCUUAGUAGGAUUAACUUCUCAAAGAAAAGGAGAGGCAUUAGAUCAGAGGAAGAUAUCAGUUUAGAAGACUUUGAUGAUGCCUUCCCUGAUACUUUCAGUCGAAGAAAUUAUCUACAGAUCAUAGCAACCAUCUAUGAUCCGACGGGACUUGCAACUCCGGUUACCAUCUGCCUGAAGCACGAACUAGGUCAAAUAUUCCGCCUCAAACAGGAAUGGGAUGAUCCGAUUCUAGAUGGUAAUGAUGACCUACCUACAACCCGCAGUCGGUGUAAAGAAGUGAUUCGUUCGAUCUACGGUCUAAAAGAAGUCAGUUCUCAGACUGCCUAUGGAUGUGUCGCGUACUACAACUGGAAGUUGGAAAAUGGCGAGCGAGCAUCUGUUCUUGCCAUGUCAAAGGCAGAACCUUGGCCACAAAUUCCGACGUUAACGAUCCCCCGUGGUGAGUUACUUGGAUGUCUGCUGGGUGCCAGAAUGCAACAGACUAUUGUCAAAAAAUCAAGCUUCAUUUUUGAAAGGGUAAUGCUGCUAACUGACAGCACCAUAGUUCUGGGACAACUGCGUCAUGAGCCCUACAAGUUCAACAUGUGGACAGCCAGCCGUAUCAGUGAAAUACAAACUCUGACUGAUAUUCGCGAUUGGUACCAUGUGGACUCUGGAAACAACGUUGCCGAUGAUGCGUCACGCGGUCUUAACCCAUCUGAAAUGGGAAAGGAUUACAGAUGGCAAAAAGGUCCAGACUUCAUGAAGAAGGACAUCAACGAAUGGCCAGUCAAACAUUCAAAUGAAGUUCAUGCGAAAAAAGAAGAUCUGGACAUAAGAAUAAAAGAUCCACGGAUGACCAUUGGAAGAUGCAAGUCACUAUGUGUCCAGAUUGAUGGUGAAACAAAUGAAGAUUAUUCAGUUAUUCUUGAUAUCCUAAAAACAUUUAACAUAACAGUUGACAAAAAUGACAGCCUGAUGAAGAUUAAACGUCGCAUCUCUAGAAUCAUAAGAUUUAUGGAAAAUGCUUCACAAUUUUUCAGAGAUCGACUGAAGAGAACAGUGAAGACUACUCCAGUUGCCAUCAGUAGUAUGACGAAAGCAGAACGUUCGAGAUGGUUUGCUGAAAUGAUACAUUUGUGCCUACCAAGCGCUCAGCAGUCGCUACCGUCAGAUGUGGAACAUAAGCUAAAGUCACUGAACCCAAUACUGGAUGCCGACGGUGUGUGGAGAGCACUAGGUCGUACUGGUGCUGCUCUAUCAAACCCGCCUGUGAUUAUACCAUACUCUGAACCCUUUGCAGAGAUCUUGGUGCAUAAAUGUCACCAACCGCAGCACUCUGGUGCGGAUACUACUCUUGCCCUAGUACGUGAGCAGUUCUGGAUCCUCAACGGUAAACGGUUCGUCAGCAAAUUUGUGUCGCAGUGCCCAUAUUGUCGCUUUCUACGGAAGAAGAUCGCCCAAGUAGAGAUCGCUCCUCGUAAGGUGGAACAACUCGUGCGAUCACCAGUAUUCGAGCAUGUGGUCAUUGACAUAGCUGGUCCGUUCAAUACCAUCGCAGAUCGCCGCGAGACGAGAAAUUACCGGGUAAAUUCUGGUAAAGCCUGGAUUCUGGUCAUCGUGUGUCGUGCGUCUGGUGCGGCCCACAUAGAGGUCCUUGAAGGUUACGAUACCAACUGCUUCCUUGCAGGUUUCGAUGCUUUCACUAGAAUCCGCGGAAAACCCACGUCUGUGACUGCAGAUCUUGGUUCGCAAAUCCGUGUUGCUGCAAACGUCAUGGAGAGCCUUUGGAACCAUACCAAGAUAGCAAAGAUUCAGACAAAUCCUGAAACUACAACAACCUGGCACUUCGUACCAUCUGGAGCUCAUUCGUCAGUCGGACAAGCUGAGAGGAUGAUCAGAACUGUGAAGAAUACUUUAGAAGCUGUCACUGCUUCGAGAAAACCUGAAUUUACCAAGUUGCGUUUGCAGAGACUAAUGUACAGUGUUGCUGAUAUGAUAAAUGAUAGGCCUUUAGGUGUUCAUAGAAAUAAUGUUGCCAAAUUAGACGCUGUGAGAUUACUACGUCCAAAUGACCUUAUUUUGGGUAGAUCAAGCGCUCUUCUUCCCAGAGAAAAGUGGUCAGAUUCCAACCGGGGAGUAGAGAUAAAUGAUAUUGUAAUAAUCAGAGAUACUAAUCCCGUGCGUAACAAGUGGCAUUGGGGCGAAGUUGUUUCUGAAAACAAGUCGUCUGAUAAUAUAACACGUUCAGUAUCGGUGCGGUAUAAGUCUGAUGAAAAAUCUAAGUUUGUCACUAAGUCGGUCAGAGAUUUGGUUGUCAUUCUGAGGAACAUGAACAAUAUUUUCCUUCUGCUGGCGACAAUUUCUUGGAGAAGUAGCACGGGUGUAGUGUUUUUGUGUCAUCCUCUUGCAACAGAACAGCACCAAGUCCCAAAUCGCUGGCAUCGGUACCUAACCUGA